AUGCAUAUCGCAUCAACCGCCAGAAACACGGUUCCUACCGAGGUUUUAGACUUCGUCAUCAUCGGAGCGGGGAUCUCGGGUAUCAACACAGCGUAUUAUUUGCAGAACCGAGGUCCUAAAGGUGCCACAUACGCUAUACUUGAGGGUCGCGAGAGUCUCGGCGGAACAUGGGCCCUAUUUCAAUACCCAGGAAUCCGGUCAGACUCCGAUAUCAAUACGUUUGGCUUCUCUUGGAACCCAUGGCAAGGAGAUAAGGCACUCGCCUCCGCAAGGGAGAUUGUAUCCUAUAUGAGCGACUCGGCGUCCAAGGCUGGUGUUGACCAGCACUUUAGGUUCAAUCACAGAGUCACUGCUGCAGAUUGGUCUUCUCCUUUAUCCAUGUGGACACUUGAUGUUGUUAUCAAUGGACAAGAAAAGAAGACGAUCGGCGCCCGCUACGUUGUCUUAGGCACCGGCUACUACGACUAUGAGCAGCCGCUAUCAGCAGUCAUCCCGGGUAUAGAGAACUUUGGGGGCCAGGUCAUUCAUCCCCAGUUUUGGCCCAAGGACUAUUCCUACACGAAUAAGGAGGUAGUUGUGAUUGGAAGCGGCGCUACUGCUAUAACUAUUGUACCCAGCAUGGCCAAAGAUGCAAGGCGUGUCACUAUGCUACAACGCAGCCCGACAUAUAUCGCCGCACUGCCGAAUAGUCGGGAUUUGUUUGGCCAUAUCCUCUACGGAAUUUUGCCGAAGGGUGUUGCUUCACGAAUCGUCCGAACCACCUUCAUCCUCCGCGGGUACUUUCUCUUUACUUCUUCUGUCGCGGUCGAUCCACAUUUCACACCUACCUACAACCCUUGGGAGCAGCGCCUCUGCGCCUCGCCAGAUGGUGACUUUUUCCGCGCCAUGAGGUCCGGAAAGGCACAGGUCAUCACCGAUUCCGUACAUGACAUUACAGAAACCGAAAUCGUUCUAAAAUCUGGCAAAACGCUAAAGCCAGAUGCUAUCAUUACGGCAACCGGCCUAAAGCUACACUUUGCGGGUCAUAUACGCAUAUCGGUGGAUGGUGUCGAGGUAGACCCGGCAACCAAGUUCGUCCUGAGGGGUUGCAUGAUGCAAGACGUGCCUAACAUGGCUUUUGUUAUCGGGUAUGUUAAUGCCUCGUGGACUCUAGGUGCUGAAGCUACCGCAACAUAUCUUACAAGGCUCUGGAAAAGUAUGAACUCGAAGGGAAUCAAGGCCGUAGUACCCACGGUACAGAAUCCAGGAAUGAAGUCAACUAAGCUCCUCGAGCUAACGUCGACGUAUCUACGGAAUUCUUCCGAGGUGUUUCCUAAAGCGGGAGUCGGUAUUUGGUCACGGGGGCUAAUUAUCUGGUAG